AUGUGUGUAUCAUCUCAUGAUACGCGGCCAGCCCUCUCCGCCAGCAUUCUCCGCCACGCGGCCAGCCCUCUCCACCACGCGGCCAGCCCUCUCCGCCACGCGGCCAGCCCUCUCCACCAGCAUUCUCCGCCACGCGGCCAGCCCUCUCCGCCAGCCCUCUUCACCACGCCGCCAGCCCUCUCCACCACGCCACCAGCCCUCUCCACCACGCCACCAGCCCUCUCCACCACGCCACCAGCCCUCUCCACCACGCCACCAGCCCUCUCCACCACGCCACCAGCCCUCUCCACCACGCCACCAGCCCUCUCCACCACGCCACCAGCCCUCUCCACCACGCCACCAGCCCUCUCCGCCACGUCGCGCAAGAGAGAACCUUCCGGUACACGGUGA